UAGUGACGUCACGAUACAACAAAAUGGCGCUAUAUUUGUCAGCUCCGUUUGGAGGAUGAAAAUAUUUUCCUCGAAAGUAAGACAUAAACAGAUGGAUACUUCAAUUGGACGGAAUGGCGGAACCUAAAAGAUUGUCUUUCACGACUGUUACACAAACAAAGGAAGUAAAAUCAAAGAAAAAGGACCCCAAAACUGUGCGGCUAGAAUUGACCCUAAAGCCAUCAACUGAUACAACAUGUCCAGAGUUUUUCUACACCGAUCUCGUAAAGAACGAGUUGACUGACAGUAAAGUACCAAAUGGAGGAAUUCCUAAUCCCGAUGAUCCCUUUGGGGAUGACGAAGACCACGAUAAAAUUGUUGCGUUGGCAAAGAGUUUUGAAGAAAAAUACGCCCCAAAACCGGGUAAGAAGGGUAAAAAGCGAGCUGGGCGCAUCACUGACUUGGUAGACCUGGGAGAUGGGUAUGACCAGGAGGAUCCAUUCAUUGACAACUCUGAGGCGUAUGAUGAAGUUGUGCCACUGUGUCUGACUACCACAUUAGGUGGAUUCUACAUCAACUCAGGGAAGCUCGGAUUUAAGGAGGUGUCUGAUGACUCAGGGGAUGAGUUUAUAUUCCUUAAAAAGAAAAAGAAGAAGAGGAUGAUAACAUCUGAUUCUGAGUCGGAAAAUGAGGAACAUAGAAAGAAAAAGAAGAGGAAAUUGAAAGAUGGAAAUUCAUUACAUGAAAAGAAGAAAAAGAUAUUAAAUGGAGAGUCAGAGAAGACAUUUAAGAAACCAAAGGUCCCCACAGAGAAAGAAAAACAACCUAAAAAGAAGAAGGCCACAGUGGCAGAACUUCUUAAACAGCAGGGGGAUACGUCAGUUAGCCAGACCAAUGGAACGAGUCUGGACUUGGACCUCAUUAGUCCCUCCUCUAAUGACGAUUCCUCACAGGACGCCCAGUCUUACGACGAGAGGAUCGGGGCUGUCAUCGACUCCGUCAUUGCCAUGGCAGGUUCUGACAAGAACAUAGAGUCCAUGAUAGACAACCCCUUCAAAGAAGACUCUAACAGCAAGGAUGAGAAAGUCAUUGAUGAAGCCACAGCACCUAAGCUCCCCCUGGAUAUGCCUAAAGACUUGGAGGAAACCAUCCAAAAACUGAAGCAGGCUGCUAAAACUUCUCAGGAGGGAAAAUGCAAAUUUUUUACCAAGGAAGUUAACAGUAUGCUCUUAGAUGUGGAGACGGGUUCCCGGCGCUGGGGGAGCUGUGGUCAGAGGUCCAGUAUCUUCAGCCAUCUGGCUGCCUUCCUGCCCUGCUCUAAAGACACCUUGUUAAAACGAGCCAAGAAGCUGCAACAGUCUGAACAGGAUGACCAGCUCAAGGAACCGGUGCAGAAACUCAGAGAAGCCAUAAAUGGAAUGAUGCCUGCACUACAGGCAAAACAUGAGCAAGAAUACCAAACCUUUUUACAGAAACAAAAAGAGGAGAAGGAGACAAAAGAGGAACAGGGUCCUAAAGAGGGCGUGAAUGACACCGAGGACAGUGACGAGGAGAAGACAACAGAGGGCAGCAAGAGAGGGGCACCCAAAGGUCCCAGGAGGAAGUUCAUCUGGACAGAAAGUAUCAGGUCUUUACUGUGUGAUAUAGUGCGUAUCAAGAUGAAGAGUUUUGACCUAAUGAAAACUAAGACACAAUCAGCGGAGGAAUACCUUAAACAGUUCCUAGACAAAGACAUUAAACCACUCUGGCCUAAGGGAUGGAUGCAAACUAGGAAUUUGAUAAAAGAGAGCAGAGCAGUUCACUUACAGUGGACAAAUGUACAAAAAGUGAAGAAGCAAGCAAAUUUGACAGUAAACAAAACCUCUUCCAUGCAGUCAACACAAAACUCUCAGUCGUCAUCUACCACCUCUAAGUUUGUACCAGGAUCCUCCUCUCUCCAUCCCCCAGCAGAGGAAAAUUCUAACAAAGAGAAGAUGGAAGUACCCAGUCAAUCAUCAAAGCCUGACCCCCUGGCUGUUCAUAACUACGCUGGAAAACAACCUGCUAAACCUAAUGUUUCUCCUCAAUCUGUGUCUAAACUUAGCGUUUCUCCGCAGUCUACGUCUAAACUUAGUGCUUCUCCACAGUCUGCGACUAAACUUAGCAUUUCUCCGCAAUCUGGAUCAUCAUCAAAACUCGGAGAAGUGAAUAUAUCCUCUGAUGCUUUGUCCCUGUUGGCCUCGUCAGCAGCCAAUCAGAAAUACCUAGACAAAUCUUGGGGUCACGAGGUCAAUGACAUACUAAGGGCAUCACUCACUCCUCAAAUACCUGACAGCAAGAAGAAAUCUGAUCAAUCUAAUGCUAGCAGCAAAUCAUACAUGGAACAAUUUCAGACUUUUGUUUCCCCAUUGAUUCAGAGACAAUUGUCAGAGGAAGCAGGAAAAACUCAGGAAGUUAGUCCCAAAAAGAAAGAUUUAACACUAGAGACUAAAUCUUACACUCAGCAGCAGCUACUGAAUAGACUCCAGUCAGUGGCUGCUCAUCAGGCAAAACCUGUCACCCCAGCCUUCUCCCAUCAGGGGGUGGUCAAACCAGAGGUCAAAACGAUGGCCCCUCCAGCUCAUCAAAGCAAACCUCAGACAAGCUUACCAGCCCAGUCUCCCAAUACAAAACGACCAACUAUAAGUGAUGAUGUAUAUAGAAAAUUCCUGAUGGAAAGUGGAGUAAAUCUACCUCCAGCACAUGCUAACAAACCAAACACUCCUAGCAAUAUUAUGCAUGGUGCUAGUGGAAUGAUGAAAGCGUCAACCUCAGAACCAAAAAGUGAUAAAAUAAAAACAAUAGUGAUGUAUCCCUCGUCUUCAGCCAGCAGUCGGCCAGCCCAGUCUCUGUUCAAUACCACAGGUACAGGGCGAGUCGUCCAGGCCGCAGCAGGUGCCCCCUCAGGUCAGGGAGCCUCUCAAAACAAAAUGUCUUCAGUGUCAAAAACAUCACCUAUGCAAGUUCAAAAACCAGCAGGACAGAGUUCAGUGUCCCCUAGUAAUCCAAUUCCUAAAAUGGACAGUAAAACUGCUGAGCUCAUCCAACAAAUGAUUAAUUCCCAAGCCUCUAAAUCAUCUUCUUCACAUUCCCAAGUGAAACAGAUCUCGCCCACCAGUUACCAAGGGAAACCUGUAUCCCCGUCUUCUGUGUACAACAAAUCCUCACCCCAGCAGCGGAUAUCCCCCCAGAACUGGAAUGUGCCCCCCAUCACUGUCCAGCAUAAGUCCACUGUUGGAGGAAUGAUAAGUCCCUCGCUCCCUAACCCUGCUCCUGGGUACCAGACCCUGAAACUCUCCAACUUUUCCAGGGAAUCAGCAGCCUCCUCCAGUUUACCUCCUCCCUCAGUUGUGUCCCCUGGUGGUAUGUAUCCUCCCACUAGCCCCCUGUUACCUGGCAUGCCGAACCCCCUACUUCAGACAAGACAACCUCAUCCAGGGCUGUACCCCCCAUACACUAGCAGUUCUCUUCUGCACCAUCCCUUCAACAACAGCCAGUACUCAGACAAAUCGAAAUCACCACAUGGAUAUUAAGAAUGUUUGAGAAUAUAUGGAGACACCCAUGACAUACCAGAACCACAAAGCAGGUCUCAAACCAUUUUGUCAGAAACCCUGGCACACAAGUACCUCAGAAGCAGGAAUCAAACAACAUUGUCAGACACUAAUGACACACCAGUACCUCAGUAUAUAGCAGGACUCAUACAGCUUUGUCAGAUGUAAUGCAUAAUCUGAUAUUGUUAAUCUGUCAAAAAGGAAGUCCAAAGUUUUCGUUUGCAAGAAGCGAUAUAUACUAUAGAGAAUCUGGACCCUUGUGAAAUAAUUAAUGAAUUAUAAACGUGUAGCCAUGUCUGUUUGAAGUAAUGAUUUAGUAUUGUAAUUUGGGACUAGCUAAAUAGAGUUACACAUGCUUGUACAUGUACAUGCAUUAUUUAUGAGAAAAUGAUAUUUACAAUAUGAAACUGAUCUCAAAUAAUGUUCCAGUAAUUAAAACAAAGUGUUAAAUUUUCUAGGUAUGAGUUGAGAAAUGUACUGUUCCAUAAGACAAUUUUCAAAAUGAAAUGUCUACUUAAUAUUUGGAUGAAAAAAAAAAUAUCUAUAAAAUUAUUGGAGUAAAUUUUGCGAUUUUGUGAUUGGCAAUUAUUCACAAUAUUUGAAAAACAAUGAUAUAAUUAUUAGCUAAAUAAUGUC